ACUCCACGACUGACAAGAGAACGCUUCCUGCAGCUGCCAUGGCAAAGGUGUUCAAGAAGACCAGCGGCAAUGGGGGGCUCACGCUCUACCUGGGCAAGCGAGACUACGUGGACCACGUCACCAACGUGGACCAAGUUGAUGGCGUCGUCAAGCUCGACACAGCAAACUUCGGGGACAGAAAAGUGUUCGUGCAGCUGGCGUGCGCCUUCCGCUACGGCAGCGACGACCUGGACGUGAUGGGCCUGUGCUUCAGGAAGGACAUCUGGAUCAAGCAGGUCCAGAUCUACCCGGAAGACCACAAGCCCGCGCUCAGCGCCAUGCACGACACCCUGAUGAAGAAGGCGGGCGACAACUCGUACCCUUUCACUUUCGAGAUUGCCAACAACCUCCCAUGUUCAGUUUCACUGCAGCCCGGACCAGACGACAAGGGCAAGGCUUGCGGCGUGGACUUCGAGGUGAAGGCGUACCUGGCCAUGGAGAAGUGUGACCCCAACGAGACCAUAGAGAAGAAGGACACGGCUCGCCUCAUCAUCCGUAAAAUCCAGUACGCCCCCUCCCAGGUGGGCGCCGGGCCCAAGGCGGACGUCUGCAAAAGCUUCAUGAUGUCGGACAAGCCGGUCCAUCUGGAGGCGUCCCUGGAGAAAGACCUCUACUUCCACGGCGAGUCCAUCCCCAUCAAGAUGAAGGUGAACAACGAGAGCAACAAAACGGUGAAGAAGAUCAAGGUCACAGUGGAGCAGACCACAGACAUCGUCCUCUACUCGGCGGACAAAUACAGCAAGUUCGUCUACACCAAAGAGUUCGGCGAGACCGUGGAGCCCAGCGGGACCUUCGAGAACACGCUCAACAUCGUCCCGCUGUUGACGGACAACAAGGAGAAGAGGGGCCUGGCCCUCGACGGACGCCUCAAGGACGAGGACACCAACCUGGCGUCCACCACUAUAAUGCCUCAGGGCGUGGAGAAGGAAAUGCUGGGGAUCCUGGUGUCCUACAAGGUGAAGAUCAACCUGAUGGUGGCGGGAGGCGGCCUGCUGGGGGGCCUCACUUCCAGUGACGUCAGCGUGGAGAUGCCACUGAUGCUCAUGCACCCCAAACCUGAAGAGUAAAGGCUGCGCGUCCUUGUAAG